CUCAUGGAGAACGGGCGUAUCAGGAGACACUGGGGAUGACUCCAGCCCCUUCUCCUGCCCUUCCUGUCACAUCAACUUCAAGGAUCCCUCUGAAUUAUCCACUCACACCACUACUUGUUUCUCAGAGCGAGCCCCCAGUUCGGCAGGACUUGCGACUACUCCCACCACUGGCCAGGAGCACUCUAGCAUUUGCUCUUCAUCCUCCUCUUCCGUUGAGGUCUACCCCGAAAGUUCUCCAAGCAUGGAUGCGGAACCUGGGCCCUUGCUGACUAAGCCAAGCCAAGAGUCCGCCUCUUCCCUGUGCCCUCCUCCACCACCCCCAACCCUGCCUCCCCCCACCACUCUCUCUACUGGGCAUCUCAACAUCGCUCUCAUCCUGGAAGAGUUGCAUGUUCUGCAACAACUCCAACUCCAUCAGAUGCAGAUGAUGGAACAGAUUUGCCACCAGGUGUUGCUCUUGAGUUCAUGGGGGCAGGUUGAGGCUCCAACUUCUACCACAGAACCUGCUUCAGUGGCAUCUGCCCCACCCAAGCCCCCUUUGCCCAUCUUUUCCAUCAAGACUGAGCCUGGGAGGAGCCAGGUAUCUGCCUCUCCAGAUGUGCCCAAGCCAGCGUUCUUCCAUCUCUACCACCCAUUCCCUGGUGGCACCAGAGUGCCCAAAGCUGAGCAGCUCCUAGCUCCAGCCUUCUCUACAGCCACAGGCGUCUUGGCAGCCCAGUGCUUAGGAACUGCCCGGGGUCUGGAACAAGCCACAUCUCCAGGACUCUUGGGACAGAAGAACGGAGGAGGUGGCAGAGGAGGAGGAGGGGGAGAACCCAACUUGGAAGGUGAGAAACCAAGUGGGUGCCACAAAUACCAUUUAUGUGGGAAGAUCUUUGGCAGUGACAGCACCCUCCAGAUCCACCUACGUUCCCAUACCAGUGAGCAUCCCUACAAAUGUAACAUCUGUGGGAACUAUUUCACCACCCGAGGCAAUCUUAAGGUCCAUUUCCAUCAUCACCGGGAGAAAUGCCCUCAUGUCCAGAUGAACCCUCAUCCAGUCCCGGAGCAUUUGGACUAUGUCCUGACCACUUCGGGACUCCCUUAUGGCAUGUCCAUGCCACCUGAGAAAGCUGAGUCAGGAGAGGAACACGGGGCCCUCCCUGUGGCCGAGCGCAACGCCCUGAGUGCCACCGAGAGUCUGAGCCUACUAUCCAGCACAACUCCUUCAGGCAUGGCUCAAGCUUUUCCCAGUUUCAACAAGCUGGUCCUGAUGAAGGCGGUGGAAGCCAAGGGGAAGGGGGAUGAGAACACCCCUCCUGAAUCAGAGACGGAAGGGGCCCGUCUUCAGCUGGGGAAGUUUGUGGGGGCCUUGCCCAGCUGGGCUCGGUUGGCCAAUCACUUCAAGGCAGGCCCAGCCAUGGGGCCCUUCCCCUAUGUCCUGGAGGCCUCUCCCUCAGAGACCUCCAAGCUCCAGCAGCUGAUGGAAAAGAUCGACCGCCAAGGAUCCUCGUCCUCCGCGGGCACAGCCUCUGUGGCCCCAUCCACAGCCGGCUCCUCAGUGGCAUCUUCUCUGGCAUCUUCAGGGCCCAAUCAAUGUGUCAUCUGCUUGAGGGUCCUCAGUUGUCCCCGAGCUCUGCAACUUCACUACAGGCAGCACAGGGGUGAACUCCCCUUCAAGUGCAAGGUCUGUGGGCGAGCCUUCUCCACUCGAGGGAACCUGAGGGCUCACUUUGUGGCCCACAAAACCAGCCCAUCGGCCUGAGCACAAAACUCUUGUCCCAUCUGCCAGAAGAAGUUCACCAAUGCCGUGAGCCUCCAACAGCAUGUCUGAAUGCACCUGGGUGGGCAGAUCCCCAACGGAGCUCUACUGCCUGAGCCUUCAGCCCCAGAGGGGGCCCCAUUGGGAGAAGGGGAGAAGCCACAGGAGCAGCCAACUAUCCCCCAGGAGGAGGAGCUGUCAGAGAAGGAGGAGGAAGAAGAAGAGGAGCCCACUGACGAAGACUCGGUGGAAAGCAUUGGAGAAAAGGCAGAGCAGGUAUCCAGUCCUGAAGGUCUGUGUCCUCCCAAAGAAAGGGAGGAAAUGGAGCAGUCUGGGGGGGGAGAAGGAGGACCCAGAGUACUCUCCUCCUCCCCACUGGGGCCCCAAAGUCCUCUCUGCCCCUUGAAGGAUGGGGAAGAGAAGGCCGAUAUGGAAGAAGAGGAUGGUGGAAUUGCCCCGGUGGAAGAAGAAUCAGAGAAGGAGAAAGGAGGUGCUGGAGAAGGUCCGUCCAAGAAGCAGCAGCAUCAGGGCAGCCAAGCCAACGAAGAACAAGUGCUGAUCUGUGGGAUUUGCAAACAGCCCUUCACCGACAGGACAGCCUUGCGCAAACAUGCGAUGACUGCCCAUCCCCAG